UGGAUAUUGAAUGUGUAAGGUUCAAUGUUAAAAACUGAUUGUUUUGUUGGUGUUCAUUUCAAAUUUUUCAAUCAUAUGGCUUUAGCAUCUAGUCCUCAUCAAACUUACAUUCCUCUCCCAUCUUCCAAUUCAGGUGGUAGGCAUGCUGAUCAUGAAGUAGUUUUAAAACCAGUCCCCAUUUAUAUCAUCAGCCAUGAAUCUCAACUUCCAGCCACAUUUCUCAACCCUUCUCCAAAAAAUGAGAUGGUUGUUGGACUUGACUGCGAGGGUGUUGACCUCUGUAGAUAUGGAACUCUCUGUAUUGUGCAGCUUGCUUUUCCGGACGCUAUCUACUUGGUUGAUGCAGUACGCGGUGGGAGAAAGUUGAUUAACGCUUGUAAGCCUGCUCUUGAGUCUGUUUAUGUCACAAAAGUUAUUCACGAUUGCAAACGGGAUAGUGAGGCAUUACACUAUCAGUUUGGUAUCAAGUUGCACAAUGUUAUGGAUACCCAGAUAGCUUAUUAUCUGAUAGAGGAACAGUUGGGGAAGAAGAGCACACAAGAUGGCCAUAUCUCUUUUGUGCGCCUUCUUGCAGAUCCACGCUAUUGUGGUAUAUCAUACGUGGAGAAAAAAGAAGUCCGUUCCCUUUUGAAGGAGGAUCCCCAGUUUUGGACCUACCGACCAUUAUCUGAGCUAAUGGUCCGUGCAGCUGCUGAUGAUGUUCGAUUUCUUCCAUACGUAUUCCAUAAGAUGAUGGAGAAUUUGAGUGAAGAAUCAUUGUGGAGACUUGCAGUUCGUGGUUCACUUUGUUGUCGGUGUUUCUGCAUAAGUGACAACGAAUAUGCUGAUUGGCCAGCAAUCCCUUCUAUUCCAGAGUUCCUCAAUGUGGAAAGAGAUACUUUAUAAGACGAGAUCUUGUCCAUACUUGAUGUGCCACCCGGGAAAAUGGGACGUGUUAUUGGUAGAAAAGGAUCCUCAAUUUUGUCAAUCAAGGAAUCAUGCAAGGCAGAAAUCCUAAUCAGUGGAUCGAAGGGAGCACCAGACAAGGUUUUCAUCAUUGGACCCCUGAAGCAGGUAAGGAAAGCAGAAGCCAUGUUGAGGGGCCGGAUGUUGUGACUUGUGAGACAAUCCUUUUGCCGCACCUGGAAGCCAGAGCUUUGCAAUCGUAUCACCCGAUCAUCACACUAAACAAUCUCACUUCUUUUUGCUAAUAUAC